AUGAAGUUCUUUUUGUUUUCUAUUCCAAUUCUAAUUGGACUUGCGCAGGGUCAGUUUGACCCUAACUAUGUUCCGGAUCGAAAUGUUAUUGUGCACCUCUUCCAAUGGAAGUACACAGAUAUUGCGAAUGAGUGUGAGAAUUUCCUGGGCCCGAAUGGAUUCGCUGGAAUUCAGAUUGACUCCCCUGCUGAGAAUGUCAUUGUCACUGAAGCCCAGUAUAGUGGCUAUCCGGAUCGUCCUUGGUGGGAGCGCUAUCAGAUCGUGUCCUACAAGCUUGACCAAACGAGAGCCGGAAGUUACGCAGAGCUUGCAGACAUGAUUAGCCGGUGCAACGCUGCCGGUGUCCGGAUCUACGCUGAUGCUGUGUUCAAUCAUAUGGCUGGCCUGGGAGCACUAAUGGAAGGAACAGCAGGAUCGACGGGAAACUCUGUUAUCAGGAGCUUUCCUGAUGUGCCCUACAUAAUUACUCACUUUCACAUUCCCUGUGGCAUAAAUGACUACAAUGACGCAAACCAAGUGCGAAAUUGCGACCUUGUUGGCGCUCCCGAUCUCAACCAGGCUCUUUCUUACGUCAGGGGCAAGAUUAUAGACUAUCUAAAUAGCUUGAUUGGUCUCGGAGUAGCUGGAUUCCGUAUUGACUCAGCGAAGCAUAUCUGGCCGCAGGAUUUACAAGCCAUCGCGAGUAGUUUGGCAGAUCUGAACACAGCCCACGGAUUCGCUCCUGGCAGCAGACCAUUCAUCUAUCAGGAAGUCAUUAAUGUGGGCCCCGAAGCUGUGUCAAAAUAUGAAUACACUGAUAUAGGAGACGUGACGGAGUUCCUGUACUCUGUCUCCAUCGGAGGUGUUUUCAAGAAAUUCGAGGGACAUCAUUUAAGUGAAUUGGCCAAUUGGGGUCAACCGUGGGGCUUCUUGCCAUCGAAUCGCGCUCUGGUCUUCGUUGAGAAUCACGACAACGAGCGCGGCCACGGCGCAGGAGGAGAUCUAAUUCUCACCUACAAAGACGGCAAAGUCUACAGGAUGGCUGUGUCAUUUGGCUUGGCUCAUCCUUAUGGAGUCUCUCGUAUCAUGUCUUCUUACGAUUUCACGGAUACCGAAGUUGGACCUCCGAUGGACGCGAAUCAAGACGUCAUUUCGCCCAGCAUCAAUCCUGACGGCUCCUGCGGAAAUGGAUGGGUUUGUCAGCACAGGUGGCAUCAAAUCUACAGCAUGGUUCGCUUCAAGAACGUGGUGAAGGAUGCUGAAUUGAGCAAUUGGUGGUCGAAUGGAAACAACCAGAUCGCUUUCGCUCGAAGCGGACGAGGAUUCGUGGCCUUCAACAACGAAGGAUCGGACAUGAGUGUCAAUCUGCAGACCUCGCUUCCGGCUGGGACUUACUGCGACGUGAUCUCGGGAGGCAAAGACGGCACGAGCUGCACUGGAAAGUCCGUUGUGGUGCAAGACGACGGAACGGCGGACAUCGUCAUCGGUGCCGCGGAAGAUGACGGAGUUUUGGCCAUUCAUAUUGAUGAGAAAUUAUAA